CAACCUCUCUAGAGAGGUCAUCACACCUCAACAACCUCAGCCUAACAAGCACCCCAGAGGCCAGAAGAGCAGAUUUCAGACUCAUGAGAAGCUGGCUGGGCUUCCUCAACCAAGAGAGUCCUCCCACUUGAGUCAGAGCAUCUCUGCCUUCUGAGAUCUGGAGCUGGCAGAAGCAGUAUAGAGAUAGGGUCCAGGUGUUAGGAAAAAGGUGGGGUUGAGGUCAGGGAAGGGAAACGUGCUAUCCCUUUGGAGUAGUGUAGCAGCUCCUCCUCCAUCCCUGCUUGUCUCUUUGUCAAUCAGCCCAGAAGUACAUAGAAGACAUAUGAGGAAGCUGAACUUUGGCUGAGAAGCAGACUUUACCUGAUAAAUAGAACUGGUGCACAUCAUCUUCUGGAGUGGCUGGGAAGGAAAGAAAAGCAUCUCGAUGUGGAGCAAUAAGGAUUUCCUAGAUUUCCCAGACUAGGCACUAAGGAACUCGAAUUAGAGGUUUCUAAAGGAUAACUCUCCGUCUGUUCCUCCUGGUGUCAACAGAAGACCCUUAUGAUAACACGGAUUUGGGAACGGAGGACCACAUCAAAGACCACGAGGGUGACAAGCUUUCCCAGCACAGCUGCAAAUAGUGGCCAGACAGAGGAAACAAAGACUCGCUGGGUUCUGGUGAUUUGGGCUGUGGAAUUGGAGCAUGAGAAAUAACAAACCUUCUUGUAUCUAAAUAGACCCAAGUCAAUGGAAAGACUGAACCAAACCAGCAGUGUCUCUGAGUUCAUCCUCCUGGGACUCUCCUCCCGGCCUGAGGAUCAGAAGCCACUCUUCAUCCUCUUCCUCAUCAUGUACCUGAUCACCAUAACAGGGAAUGUGCUCAUCAUCCUGGCCAUCUGCUCUGACCCCCAACUGCACACCCCCAUGUAUGUCUUCUUGAGUGUCCUGUCUUUCAUUGACAUUUGGUAUACAACAACCAUUGUCCCCAGGAUGCUGGUGAACUUCCUGUCAGAGAAGAAGACCAUCUCCUAUGCUGAGUGUCUGACCCAGAUGUAUUUUUUCUGUGCUUUGGGCAACACUGAUAAUUGUCUUCUGGCAGCCAUGGCCUAUGACCGCUAUGUGGCCAUCUGUGAUCCCUUCCACUAUGUCACCAUCAUGAGCCGCCGCACCUGUGUCCUGCUGGUGGCCAUCUCCUGCUCAUUGCCUCACUUUCACUCACUCCUACACAUACUUCUGCUGAAUCAGCUCACUUUCUGCAACUCCAAUGUUGUCCACCACUUCCUCUGUGACAUCAACCCUCUGUUGAAAUUGUCCUGCUCCUCCAUAUUUGUCAACGAUCUCACAAUAAAGACGGAAGGACUGGCGUUUUGGGUGACCCCCUUCCUAUGCAUUGUUUUCUCGUACGUGCGAAUCCUCGUAGCAGUUCUCAGGAUCCCCUCAGCUGCAGGGAGACACAAAGCCUUCUCCACCUGUGGCUCCCACUUCACUGUGGUGAUCCUGUUUUAUGGAAGCAUCUUCUAUGUCUAUUUACAGCCCUUGUCCAGCUACACUGUUCGGGACCGAGUGGCUACACUUGUCUACACGGUCCUGUCCUCCAUGCUCAACCCUUUCAUUUACAGUCUGAGAAACAAAGACAUGAAGAGGGGCCUAGGGAAGCUGAUGGGCAGGAGGAAAUCCUAG